ACUGAAGAGAAGCCCUGCAAGUGUGUGCAGUGUGGGCUGUGCUUUUCUCAAACAUCUGAGCUUCUUAAACAUCAGCAAAUCCACACUGGAGAGAAACCUUAUAAAUGUCUGGAGCGUGGCAAAUCAUUUAAUCAAAAAUUGAUCCUUAAGAACCAUGAAAAAUUUCACACAGGAGAGAAACCUUACAAAUGUGGGCAAUGUGGGAAGGGCUUUACUCAGAAGUCACAGCUUCAGGUCCAUGACAAGAUUCACACAGGGAUAAAAUCUUAUAAAUGCUUCGAGUGUGGAAAACGUUUCGCUCGAAGUUCAUCUCUUUGGCGUCAUAACAAAACACACAAUGGGCAGAAAAAUGAAAUGUGCCUAGAAUGUGGGAAAUCUUUUUCCCAGAAAUCACACCUGGUGCGACAUCAGAGAAUUCACACUGGAGACAGACCCUAUGAAUGCCCAGAAUGUAAGAAACGAUUUGUGGAUUCUUCUGAACUUCGGCGACACCAGAAGGGGCACAGAGGAGAGAAACCCUACAAAUGUGGGGAGUGUGGAAAAAGUUUUAUUUCAGCAACACAGGUUCGGAUUCAUCAGAGAAUCCACACGGGGGAGAAACCAUACAAGUGUGUAGAAUGUGAGAAAUAUUUUGCUCAAAAGUCUGGACUUUGGGAACAUCAGAAAAUUCACACAGGGGAGAAGCACUAUCAAUGCAUUGAGUGUGGAACAUUUUUUCGUACAACAUCUGGCCUCAGAUGUCAUGUAAAAGUUCAUACGGGGGAAAAAAAUUACAAAUGUUUAGACUGUGGGAGGGCAUUUGCUUGUUCAUCAUCCCUUAGAAAUCACAGCCGCCUAAUGCAUAUAGGAGAGACGCCCCAUAAAUGCUUGGAGUGCAAUAAAUGUUUCUCCAGAAAAGCAACUCUUUUGAAACAUCAGAGAAUUCAUACUGGAGAAAAACCUUAUCAAUGUCUGGAGUGUGGGAAAUCUUUUCCUUACAAAGAAUGUCUUAGAAACCAUGAGAGAAUUCACACAGGAGAGAAACCUUACAAGUGUGCGCAAUGUGGGAAGGACUUUACUCGCAACUCACAGCUUCGGGUCCAUGAGAAGAUUCACACCGGAAUAAAAUCUUAUAAAUGCCUUGAGUGUGGAAAAUGUUUCACUCAGAAUUCAUCUCUUCGGAGCCAUGAAAAAACACACAGAGGGGAGAAAAGGAAAAAGUGCCUAGAAUGUGGGAAAUCUUUUUCCAGGAAAUCAAGCCUGGUGCGACAUCAGAGAAUUCACACCGGAGACAGACCCGGGCUGACCCACUACAAAAAAAUGUUCAACAUUCAGUGCCUAGAUAGGGCUUUUCCCCUGUGUGCAUUUUCUGAUGUUCACAAAGUCCAGCCUUUUGAGCAAAACAUUUGGGCUGACCCACUACAAAAAAAUGUUCAACAUUCAGUGCCUAGAUAG